CCUCCCUCCUCCGUGGUAAGAAGCGCGGACGGGCUCAUGGCUGCGGGGAGGCUGCUGUGGGCGUGGGCCGGCCUGGCCCUCCUGGGGGGCACCGCGUGGGGAGCCCCCCCUUGCCCCCUGGCCCCGCCUUUCUGGUGCCGCACCGGGGAGUCCGCGCGCACCUGCCAGGCAGAGAAGCACUGUGCCAAGCUUGACCCGGGCCCCUCUGCGGCGCCACGGGUCUCGGUCAGCCUCUACUACGAGAGCCUCUGCCCGGCCUGCCGAACCUUCCUGGUCCUGCAGCUCUUCCCCACCUGGCUGAUGCUGUCCAGCAUCAUGAACGUCACCCUGGUGCCUUAUGGGAACGCACAGGAGACGAAGGGACCCAGCCGGUGGCAGUUCGAGUGCCAACACGGCGAGGACGAGUGCUUGGGCAACAUGAUGGAGACCUGCCUCAUCGACUACUUCCAGGACAUGUCCUACGCCUUCCCGGCCAUCUUCUGCAUGGAGUCCAGUCGUAACAUCACCCAGAACUUGCCAACGUGCCUGGACCUGUACUUCCCGGAAGCUUCCCUGGCCAACAUCACCGCCUGCGUGAAGGGAGACCUGGGCAACAAGCUCAUGCACCAGAACGCCCAGCGCACCCGAAGCCUCAACCCGCCCCACCAGUACGUGCCCUGGAUCCUCAUCAACGGGAAUCACACAGAGGAUCUGCAAGGCCAAGCACAAGACUCACUCUUCAGACUGGUCUGCGACCUUUACAAGGCAAGUAUCCCUUUUUUUAAUACGUGUGCUCACGUGUCUUCAUUUGUGGGGCAUCCAAACACCCUGUAACACUAUUAUUAUUAUUAUUAUUAUUUUAUUAUGACACAGCCAAAGAGAUCUAUAUGCUGGAUUUUGUUUCACAAAACCACAAGUCGAACACUUCCCAAGUGUCUAGGACUGUGUGAUGUAUUAUUAUUAUUAUUAUUAUUAUUAUUAUUAUUAUUAUUAUUAUUAUUAUUACAAAGGUGGCCAUCUGUUGAAAUGCUUUGCUUUUGCUUUUCCUGCAUGAAGGGUGGUCCCUGGGGUGUCUGUUGCUGCUAUUAUUAUUAUUAUUAUUAUUAUUAUUAUUAUUAUUAUUAUUAUUAUUUUAUUAUGUCACAGCAAACAAGAUAGACAUGCUGGAUUUCGUAUCACAAAAUAUUAUUAUUAUUAUUAUGACACAGCAAACAAGAUAGACAUGCUGGAUUUCGUAUCACAAAAUAUUAUUAUUAUUAUUAUUAUUAUUAUUAUUAUUAUAUUAUGACACAGCAAACAAGAUAGAUAUGCUGGAUUUCGUAUCACAAAAUCACAAGUCGAACACUUCCCAAGUGUCUAGGACUGUGUGAUGUAUUUUCAGAUUAUUAUUAUUAUUAUUAUUAUUAUUAUUAUUACAAAGGCCAGGUGGUCAUCUGUUGCAAUGCUUUGCUUUUGCUUUUCCUGCAUGAAGGGUGGUCCCUGGGGUGUCUGUUGCUGCUAUUAUUAUUAUUAUUAUUAUUAUUAUUAUUAUUAUUAUUAUUAUUAUUAUUAAUUGCCUUUGUCCUGAUGUCUUGCUCCUGGGCUGCAAGGAUCAGGCCUUCUGUCUCCUUCUUCAGGGUCCCAUUCGUGAGCCAGAGCCAGGUCUUCUCCUUGUCAGCUUUUCCUUCCAUUUUGUCAAGGAACUUUCCAUGCAGUGUUUUGUUGUGCCAGCUGUCAGCUCUAGUUUGUAGUGCGGUUUUCUUGUACCGGUUUUUUGUCUGCUGUGCUUUGAGGAGUUUGUGAUUUUUGACUUCAAUCACAGCAGGUUCUUCACUUUGCUUUACAUAUUCUGCCAGGGCAUGUUGUUGUUGUUGUUGUUGUUGUUGUUGUUGUUGUUGUUGUUGUUGUUGUUCUUCUUCUUCUUCUUCUUCUUCUUCUUCUUCUUCCAGUGCAGUUCCAGCCAGUAUUGUGUUUUGUUAGGUCAUCUGCUGCCCUCCAGCGACCAAAAGGAGUAGCUGCAGAAGUAUUAAAAAUGGACAUGUCGCGCCUAUUUUUUUCCUAAUACAUUUGCAGCCCAAACCGACUUGCAUUGCGUUGCGUUCCAUGCUGACAGCUUGCUUUUCUCCUUGCAGGGAGAGCCACCGAUCGCUUGCCGGGACCAGAAGGCAGCGCCGCCCGCCCGGCCUCGUUCCCCGCAAGACGCCUAUUGAAAGGCCUCGGAAAAAUUGCCAGCUGGCUUUGUCUCAAUUUGCUGCGUAUUGAAAUUACCCAGAUCCUGUUUCCCUUUGUCGCUAGACAGCCGAUAAUAAAUCUCUGCCACCUUUGGUCUCA